AGCGCCUCGUUCACAAGUCGCUGCUGGUCAAGCUGCCGGGACCUUGAGGCGCCCGCGCUAGCGCCGCCCGGGUCUAACUCCAGACCCCGGGAAGCCCUGCGGCUAGCGGAGACUCUCCGGGUCGCGGAGCAGCGGCCACCACCACGCGGUCUCCCGCUUUCGGCCUGGGUCCGCUCUCGCCGGCCGCCACUGCUCGCCUGCCGUGCGCAUCAGCGCCUGCUGCCCAGGGCAGCUCCGAGGUGGCCCCAGGGACAUCUCCGAGGGAAUCUGCGAGAUGCAGCUGUCCAGAUGUGAGAGCAGAGGAAGGACUUACAGACUCACCAGGAUGCUUUCCAACCGCGCCUUCUCUGCUGUCAGUUUCCGUAACCUGUGUCUUGGGGUGUGCAUGAUCCUACAAUUUGGUUCGUCAUCUGCUUUUGUUGCUGCCGAAGAAGAAACAUACCAGAACAUUACUGAGUACCCAAAAGAAUCUUGCACUAUGAGCCUGAUAUUACGAAACUUCCGGCUAGUUUUAUCAUUGGAGUUAAAGAACAAGUCGCUCCCACCCACUCACUUUACAUUUUGGAGCACAAUGAUGAGCACACAAGAAGAACCGAAGGUGCUUGAGAACUGUAGAAAUAUCACAGAAUCUUCUUGCGAUGUGACAGACAAGUGGAAUGACACGCAUGCGUCCUAUGUUCCCAUCGUCGUCAUUUACAGAGGAGACUCCAUGCGGAGCUAUUGUGGAGAUUCCUAUGUCUCAAACAUAGACAUUAGACCUGAGCCGCCAGAAUUUGAGAUUGUUGGUUUUAUGGAUCACAUCAACGUGACCGUGAAAUUCCCACCAGUCACCCCCAAGAUAUACGGGGAGAGCAUAUGGGAAGUCCUCGGCUCUAAGUCGUUUGUCAUCGAAGAGCAGACAGGCAAGAACGUGAAGGUGCACAAUCCCAAAAUGAAUAACAUCGCGGGGAACUUCACCUAUGUCCUCCGAGACUUACUUCCAAAGACAAAUUAUUGUGUGUCCGUUUAUUUUGAAGCUAGAGCGAUGGAAGACGCUAUUAAGUCCCCCUUUAAAUGCACUCUCCUUCCACCUGGCCAGGAAGCAGGAUUCUCAGAAUCUACCACAGUAGGAAUAAUUACUGUGUGUUUCAUAACCAUGGGCGUCAUAAGCGUCAUCAUAAUGCUGAAACGGAUUGGUUAUAUAUGCUUAAAAAAUAGUUUCCCCAAUUCUUUGAAUUUCCGUAACGUUUUAUACUGGAUCUUCCCUGAAGUGCCUCCAUCCGAAGCAAUUGACAAGCUGGAGAUCAUUCCUACAAACAAGAAGAAGAAAGUUUGGAACUACGAUUACGGAGAUGAAAGCGACAGCGAUGAGGAGGAGGUGCCCAAAGCCAGCGCCACGGGUUACACCACGCACGGACUAAUGGGCAGACUUCCGCACCCGGCCUCGGACUCCUCAGCCAACCCGCAGGAGGCCCAGCUUGAAGAAGACUCUGCUGCUGAGGAAUCGGACGAAGCUGGGGCCAGGGCUGGUACUGUGGCAGAACUCCCCACGGAGGCUGAGGUGGGGUCAGGUCUCAGGCCUUCAGAAGACCCGAGCGGCCCCUAUGAGAGGAAAGAGACGGGGGUCCAGGACUCUUUCCCCAGGGAUGACAGCAGCCCCGUGAAUGGGCCGGGGGACAAAGUUAUCUUCAAUGUGAACUUAAACUCUGUGUUUUUGAGAGCUCUCCAUGAUGACCCUGAGGAAGCCUCCGAGGUCUUAUCUCUUGCAGAAGAUACAGUGCACCUAGACGAGGCUCCCCACAGAACAGAGUCGGGCCUUCUGAUGGCCGGAGGUGACAGUACACAGCUGCCCCAACCCGGCAUCUCUUCCCAGGUUCUAUGGACCGAAGAUGAGUCUUCUGAAAGAACUGACAGCUCAGAUUCUGAUGCUGACCUAGGGGAUGGCUAUAUUAUGAGAUGACUUCAGAAGCGGCUCGUUGGCUCCAUCUGAACACCCACAGGGUUCUCUUCAUAGCCUGACUUGAUCCCUGUGUCUGCGAGAGAGGGACAAGGGAACUGGAGACCUUUGUGGUUCUCGCUGAUGGCCUUCUCUGUGCAGAUUCCCAGUUUGGGGCUCCAUAUUGUUUACAUGGGUCAGGAGCAUGUCCUGCCCACGCCCUGUUCAGUGAUGCGCUAUUGGAGGGGCUGUGUUACCUUUCCCAGGGAACAGUGUUCAGUGCGGCUUUCAGGGGCAGCCAAGCCCUCCCAUCCCUGUGUCAUUUCUACGAAAUGAUUAAAUUGGGGAAGUGGAAAGGAAAGAAAAACGGGUCAAGAAGUGUUUAGCUGGGCUCAGGGAAUAAGCCUGAAAGCAGGCAAAAGGGAAGGAGGAAGGGCAUGCCGUCAGUGGGGAGAAAGGAGGGAGGGAUAUACACAAAGGAAGCCGGCUAGGUCUGGGCCCUUCUCAGAUGCCACUGCCUGUUUCAUCCACUCUAAGACGGUCAUUCACGGCCACCCAUAAAGCCCUCCACGGUAAAGUGGGGGUGGGGAAGGCCAUGUGACUAAUUCCAGGAUCCUGCAGGUGACUCCCAGAGAAAGCCAACUGGCAAAGCGGGCUGGGGGGGGGGGGGAGCAAAUCUCAGUGCCCACCAUACUUUAAGGUUUUUGUUUCUAAGAACAAAAGUGAGCAUUUCAAGGCCUUCAGAACAAACAGGGAUACCAGUCUUAGCUGCUGGCGCACUCUGCAGUUUUUAAGUACUCUGUAUGGAUUGUCGCUGGGGGCGACAGUCGCAGUGAAAGUUCUAAAUGCCAUAGAGGGGGAGCCAGUGGAUGACUUUGGGGUUCCUGUAUGGAUUUUAUUUUGUUUUGUUUUAUUUGAACAAGGAAUGGAGGUGCUGAGCCUCAGAGGCAUCCAGGGUGGGGCCCUCCCAUUUUGCUCCUCACCCCAAAAGCUAGUUUCUCACAUCUUCCUUCUAUUCAAAGAGGGAAAACUACAUGGGUCCAAUCUCAAAGGCUUCUGAUGUAACUCAUGUGACUUCUUCUAAAGCACUUCAAAAGAAGACCUAAUAAAAUCUCACAGGAGAGAGACCAUGUACACAAAGCAUCUCUCUGCACUCUGAGUACAUCUGUCUUCUACCCAGACUCAUUCGCUGCCCAGCUUUUCUUUGAAGCUUUGCAUAAUUACUGGAGAAUAGUUUUUAAUGCUUGCACUUUUUUAAAAAAUUUUGUAUGUUUGAAGAUUGUCAGAGGUAAUACAAAAAAUUACUUUUUCAUACCA